UGCGACACGUCGACCUCAUAAAACAUAGGGAAAUGCGCAUGCGGCCGUUAUCGUUCCAAAACAAAGAUGGCGGCGAGAGCUGCGUUGUCUACAAUUUAUUUACUUCUGAUUUAUUUUUGCUGUGUUUCAUUGCGAGAGCCAUCGUAUGAUGAGGAUCAUUACAAUGAUCCAAAUGGAUAUGAAGAUGGUGAUUAUUUGAGCAUGCCACAAGACUAUGAGGAAAAUGACAACAGUGACGAAGACCCUGAAGAGGAUGAUAAUUAUGACAACCCUCAUGAGGAGGAGGCUGAUGAUGAAAACGAUGAAUAUGGUCGUACCAAAGUUGGGAUAACUGAACACGCCUUAUACAAUGGUGGAAUACGUGAUGUGCAUGAUCAUAUAAUGGAGGAUAAGCAUCCAAAUGUUGAAAAAAAGAACAAGAAGAAGAAAAAGAAAAAAAAAUCUGGCAAAAAAAAAAAGAUUUCACAACAUAACAAGAAAAAUAGAAAUAAACAAAACACACCAAAGACCAGCGACCCUCAUACUGCUGCAAUACCCAGACUUACCCCAUCAGCAUCCAUUCAGCCAAUUAAACCAGCAUCUGUUGUGAAGCAUGAAGAGGAAAGCAAUCAUAAACACAUUGAAACCAUAAUCAAUACAGCCUCUGACUCUCCAGAAAAUGAUAAACAUGACGUGCCACCAAAGGAAGAGUUCAAAAAUGAUCAAGAAAAGACUGACUCACUAGAACAGCCAAAAGAUGCAGGUUUGCAGGAAAGCGCACAAGAUAAAAAAAAUGAUGCUGAAAAAAGGCCACAAAAACAAAUUAAAAUGGCCACAUUGUCUGACCCAGAUCUGGAGAUGAAUAGUUUGCUACAAUCAGAGAAGUUUUCUCAUGUAAGAGAAACACAAAUUCGAGACUAUAUAAACAGUCAUUUUCCAGGCCAAGAUUUGCAAGAUGAUGUGCUUGACAUGAUUGAUAAUCUAAUAACAUCAAACCUACGAAAUGAAUUAAGAAACAAAGACAGUCGACUUAACAGAAUACUACAUGAAAAAGAAACAACGGCUCAAGAUGGUGAUCAACAGUCAACUUCUCCUGAGCCAGAGAAAGUUAAUUCUGAUACUGUAGACGAACCUAACAAAAACAUUGCAGAUAAACAGGAUCCUGCUUCUAGCCCUAGCUCAGUUGCAGAUGUUACAUCUAAAAGUGUGGUAGUGGAACCAACUCCUGUGCUAGAAGACCCACAAGUACCUUUCGAAAAGCAUAUUCCUGAGGCAAUUAAAUUGGUGGAGCAACCAUUAAGUACCUAUAAGGAAGCAAUUACACAAAUUGUUGAACCAACUCCUAGCUUGUCUAAUGUUCCUACUGAAUCAUCUUCCGUUGAAAAUAUUGUAGAUGCCAGUAAAGUUGAAGACACAAGCAGUUUGCCAGUGGUGGAAGCAAGUACGACAGACCCCCAUAAAGUGAAAAGAAAGAAUUUAAUGAAACAGGCACUAAAAGGAAUGCACUUUAAUGCCCAUCAUCUCCACGAUCACCAUACAGAUAAAAAAGAUGCUACCAAACAUGUAACAGAAGAGAGUAGCUCGAAAGAUGUGAACUUUGAUGAGCUGAAUUCAAAUCAUCACACUGAGGAAGAAGAAAAACGAACUGAAGCUGUAGAUGUGACAUCUGAGAGUAAGGAAGUUCCAAUAGAUUCAGAAGCAGCAAACAAGGAAUCAAAAAAUGGAGAUUUAGUUAAUGAGGUAGAUAAAAAAACAGAGAAAGAAGAGGCUUUUAGCUUAAAACCACCAGACUAUUCUAAAAAAGAAAUUUUUACGAAUGUACUCAAAAAAGAGCCAGAAAUCUCACCCCAUUCCGAGAGUGCAGAUAGUUUAUUACAACACGAGAAUUUUUUAUCGUCUGAUAAGAAAGUAGAUGACCUUCCCAGUCCAUCAGAACAAUUAAAAGAGAACAAUAUACCAAGUAUCAAACUACCUUUGACAACGCAAGAUCAAACUAAUCUGGAAAGUGAAAAAGAGACCACUAUUGCUGCAAAUGUGUCUGAUGUUACUGACACCCCACCUUCUAACAGUGAUGCUGACAGUACUGCUGGUAACAUCUUACCUGAUGAAAAACCUGUCAGCAAAGGUGAAGAGGGAAAGGGUGCGGGAUUUUUAGGUGGUUUAUUUGACUACUUUUCCAGUGAAAGUGCAGGAACUGAAGAAAAAACAGGAAGUGAAGAAAACAAAGCAGAAAAAACGGAAUCUACUUUAAUGGGAAUUAAUGAAGUUGAUGAAGCUUCUUUAAUGGGUGAAAUUGAUAGAACGGGUGACCAUAAAGACAUAGCUGAAGCUGAUACUAUUAAAACAAGUUUGUUUUCUGAGCAUGACAAAGAAAAUGAGGGAGAAAAAGACAAACCAACAAUAACCAGUGCUGCUGAGAAUGUUGAAACUACUGUAUCAUCACCCACUGAAUCAACCGCUACUAGAACAACAACUGCCACAAUGACAACACCAACUGAGCAACCAACGACUGAGCCACCAACGACUGAGCCACCGACAACAACUUCGACAUUAGCAACUGAAACUCCAAAGCAUGCAGCAACAAUCCUGGCAACUGAAAAACACUCAGUCGAAGAAAGUGAUACUCAAGCCAGUGAGAAUCCUACCCUUGAAACCACUAAAUCUCCAACAACCCAACAGUCUGCUACCCCUUUGUCUACUGCUUCAAUAGAAGUGCCAGUAACUAUUGUUCCUUCUGUAAAAACAGAAGAGGUCAAGGAAGAGAAGGAGACGGUUACUAGGCUUGAUGAUAAGACACCCAAUCAAAAAGAAAAUGAUAUGAAGGAUAUGUUAAAUACGUACAGGGAGAGUGUGGAUAUGGAUCAUGAAAAGGCAAAGUAUUUACCAACUGGUCAAAACACUGAAACAGAGGCUAAGCAAACAGGGGCAAGUACAACUACAAGCUCAUCCAAUAAAAAUCAAGAGGCAUCCACUACUGAAAUUCUUCCAGAUUUUGAUGAUGAUGAUCCAUUAAAAAAACUGUGUCAAACACACCCAACAUUACAGGCAUGUAAAAGAAAACCAACAAAGAAACCUCAGACUGAACCUCCUCUCAGCAGUUCUCCCUCAACUGCAUCAUACGUUAAGUCGUUUACAUGCUGGUUUAAUGGAACUCUUUACACCAUCUUUGUUUACUUAUUCACAUGUCUUAAAAUGGUAUCCACUACUAUUGUUAACUCUUCAUUGGGAAUGUUUUUAUCAGUUACUGGUCAAACAGAGGCGUCUAAAAAUUUAUCGAGUUACAUGGAUUCCGUUAGCUUGGAGAGAUUUGCUUUGUUUAUGGUAUUAUUGGUUAACCAUGUUGCUUUUUACUGGUACUUCAAAAACAGCUCCAUGGGACCACAAGUCAAGUCAAUUACUCGGUCUGACACAAAUCCUAAGAAUGAUCUAAAACUGCAGGAGCUUGAAGAGAAUACUAUUGAGCUGGAGAAAAAACUUUCAAAAGAAACCAAACAAAAGGAAGAAUUGGAGAAAAAGGUUGUUAAAAUGGAGGACAAAAUGAAAAAUCAGUUGGAUGAAAUAAAAGAACUAAAGGAGAAAUUAGAAGAUGAAAAAGCCAACAAAGAGAUAAUAGAGAAGCUUCAAGCGGCUACAGAAGAAUACAAAGAAAAAUUAGCAAGCAAAGAAACAGAACUCAACAACAAAACGUCAUCAUUAGAGGCAAAAAAAGAAGAUUUAGAUAAUUCAAAAACCGAAUUUAAACAGUUAGAAGAUAAAUUUUUUUAUGUUAUCAAAGAAUUAGAUACGAAGGAUGCAGCUAUUAUGAGAAUGGAAGAUAAAGAAAAAGAAUUACAACAAAAAAUUAGUGAAAAAGAAUCAACUCUAUCCGAGAAGGAGGAAACGAUAGAUGAACAAAAAAAUAGGAUUGAAGUAUUACUUGAAGAAAAAAUAACUUUAGAAAAUAAUAUUAAAGAAGAAACUAAAAAAUCACAUUCACUAGCAGUUGAAAUUCAAGUACUACAAGAAUCACUUUUAGCUGUUAAUAAAACGCAUGUUGAUCACGAGACAUCUAGUGAAUUUGAAACUGUAGAAGAAGAUGAAGAAAUUGAUGCAGAUCAGUUGAAAGCAGAUAGAUUAGCUAAAAUCAUGGAUGCCACCAAGACGCAAGCGGAAUUAAAAGAAUUAACUUCAGAGUUAGAGACUUGUAGAGAAGAAUUGGACAGAUAUAAAGAACGUGUUGUUGAUGUUGAAGGAAAAUACAUGGAUGUGUCCACACGAUAUGAUAGUGUUUAUGUUGAAGCUGGAGAAGUGAGAAAAGAGUUGGAAAAGAAAGAAAUUGAAUUAACUACGAUUAGAAAAUUUUUCAAUGAUCGUGAAAAUGAUUAUCAAAAAGCCAGCGCAUCACAGAGUGAAGAACUUCGAGUUUUGCGAAAACAAGUCGAUUCUAUCGGUGAUAACGACAAACAGAUUAAUAUAUUGAUGAAACAAGUGCAAGAUCUUAAAGACGAGAUCGUGAAGAACGAGAAAGAUUUAAAGGAGCAGAUCUCCUCAGCAGAGGAACAGAGUCAUAACAGUUACAUAAAAAUGCGCACAGCAGUACGCGAAUGUGACGAACACAAAAGAGAGAAGGAAAUAUACAGAAAGAGAUUGCUCGAUAUCGACAUGUCGCCGCAGUUUAAAAAAUCUUCUACUCCGCUCAGCAGUAAAACAUCUUCCGAGCGAGCUGUUAGUCCUACGAAUAGUAAUAAAUCCAAUGAUGACAAUAGUGGAACAGAAUCUCCUCACCCUACGCUACCGCCUCCCGUGCCUUCUCCUUACGCUCCACGAAUGUAUCCUGGAAUGCCACCCCCAUUUCAACACAGACCACCAUUUGGUAUGCCAAUGGGGCCUUAUGGAGGCCCGCCACGCCCUCCUUUUAUGUCUCCCAUGGGUCAACGACCAGGUGGUAUGACAAGGAUACCUACUACAGCUGCAACAUCGAAGGAGGAUCAGUUACAACAAAUGGGGACGGCUACUCUUGAACAAAGACCCUUGCUACCGCCCAAUCCAGCUGCACUGCCACCGCAUAUGGCUAGCCCGAUGCGCCCGAUGAGUGGGAUGUAUAGAAUGCCACCUCCAGGUACUCCGCCAAUGGUGAGGCCACCCUAUGGAAUGCCACCCGGUACGCCUCCCAUGAUGAGAGCACCCAACACGUUUGCGCCUGGAGCACAGCAGCUUCAACCUCAAUCGAACGUAAAUACUCCAUCUGGGAAUGGACAAGUAUGAAGGUGAUGCUAUACCCCAUAUUGUUGAUGUUUAUAUCAUGUUGCAGACUUUUUGUGGUAAAGCAAACAGUGUGCUCGCAUCUUGUGUCGUGUGAUCGGUAUAUCUUCGUUGGAUUAAAAAAAAAGCAACUCUAGCUUAGAAUAUAUAGGAUACCCCGUCAUUUCGAAUGUCUCCUUUAUUGGCGUUGUCUACGGAUAUCAGCUUGUCGUAUAUGUAUACAUAAUCACUCUCUUAUAUAUGACUAAACAGUGGAACGUUGCCAGCUUACCCCUGACCAGCUUUGCUACGAUCUACCUUGUCUAUGCACUUUAAUGUACUUUUUUUGAUUUUGUGGAAAGUCAACGUAUGCGCACUAGAGGCAAACAAAAUUUUCUGUAGCAAUCAGUAGAAUAGAUAGCAGUGUUGUGAAAAUAAAAACAUUUUUGAAAACGCAGUUCGUAUAUCAAGGAGGAAUGUAGCAACGUUGAUGUAGGUAGAUAGAUGCAGGCUAUAUAUUGCUGGUGAGAUUGAGAAACGACAGGAUAUAUUUCACGAGGAGGCUUUUUGCUAAGGAACUAAAACACAAUCGUGAAAUCGCACAAGAAGAUUCUAUGAGACUAAUGCCUUAAUGGAUUCAAUUUUGGCAAAUUUUUCGUGAGUUUUUUGUUAAUUUUGCGAAUAUUAGUUCCCUUGAGGUACUUACUUUGUGAGAAUUGUGUUCUGUGGGCCACGGGUGGCGUAUUUAAACAUUUAGGAAACUUUUAAUUUUAAACGUCGUACAUUGUUAAAAUAUGAGCUAGCAGGCUUGUGUUUAAUAUUUGGGAUGCCGGAUUUAUUUUUUCGAUUUGAAAAAAUUUGUUUAUAACAUGAAUAGAAUAAAUUUAUUUAUACCAGGAAAUACAAUUUCUAAAUCUGCGAAA